GUUGACCAAACAUUUUUGUUAGUGCGUCACAGCAAAAGUUCAACCAUAAUAAGUCGUCUUGUCUGAACUGAAAGUACGAAACUGCCUGCAAAAUUACAUUUAUUGUUAAUCAGUUUGCCUUAAAAAUGGAACCAGCUUGUAUGAAAAUGACCCUGUUGGUCUUCCUAGCCGUGUUUGCUAUGAGAGCAAGAUCCCAAACUCAGCAUAGCAUUGGGCCCUACACAACGAGCGAGACUGAGCGAUGUGUGUGCCAGCCACACAUCACAGUCAACCCGCCAGUUUGCGGGCGAUCCGUUCCCGUGAACUCCGGUACCGGCGGCUACAACUGUACGACCGUCCAGGAAAUACUUCGUACAGUAUCAAUAAAUCAAGAAGAUACAACACGUAAAGUAGAUACUGUUUCCUCCGAGCUGACCGAUACUAAACGUAUAGUCGAGGAAUUGCAGGACACAGUCUCAGCGGUCUCCUCGGAGGUCCAGGGUUUAAGACGACAGCUUGAAGAUCUUCAAGUGUCUGUUUCUAACUUGGUUGAAUUCCUUCAUGUUAGACUUAACCCUCGAAAGGAUUGUUCCGAGAUUCUUGCAAGGGGUGAAUUGAUCAGUGGCGUGUACCCGGUUCAACCUCUAGACUCCGGUGAAGCUUUCCAGGUAUACUGUGAUAUGGAAACAGACGGUGGUGGAUGGACGGUUUUCCAGCGGCGUCAGGACGGCAGUGUAGAUUUCUAUUUGGACUUUGCCAACUACAGCCGGGGCUUUGGGAAUCUAGAGGGAGAGUUUUGGCUGGGUAACGACAACUUGCACCGUCUGACUGCUCAGGGCGAGUACGAACUCCGCGUAGAUCUCACAGGCCUCGACGACGAUACCGGCUUUGCUAUUUAUGGCUCGUUCAGUGUCGCCGAUGUGAGCGACAACUACCGGCUUACAGUGGGAAGUUACUCUGGAACCGCAGCCGUGUUUGCUAUGAGAGCAAGAUCCCAAACUCAGCAUAGCAUUGGGCCCUACACAACGAGCGAGACUGAGCGAUGUGUGUGCCAGCCACACAUCACAGUCAACCCGCCAGUUUGCGGGCGAUCCGUUCCCGUGAACUCCGGUACCGGCGGCUACAACUGUACGACCGUCCAGGAAAUACUUCGUACAGUAUCAAUAAAUCAAGAAGAUACAACACGUAAAGUAGAUACUGUUUCCUCCGAGCUGACCGAUACUAAACGUAUAGUCGAGGAAUUGCAGGACACCGUCUCAACGGUCUCCUCGGAGGUCCAGGGUUUAAGACGACAGCUUGAAGAUCUUCAAGUGUCUGUUUCUAACUUGGUUGAAUUCCUUCAUGUUAGACGAUUGUUCCGAGAUUCUUGCAAGUGGUGGAUUGAUCAGUGGCGUGUACCCGGUUCAACCUCUAGACUCCGGUGA